AGAGGAAGCAGCAGCAGCAGCAGCAGCAGCAGCAGCAGCAGCAGCAGCAGCGUUGGCAGCCAGCGUCAGUCACCUUGGAGCAGAAGAGGAGGUGGGAGAUGAUCAGCAGCAUCCCUGAUCGCAUGUGAGUGAUUGUCUGUGUCUCCUGCGACUCUCUCCGGCAUCAUGAGCUCCUCCUCAGCAAACCUUCACAACAAACGCCUGCCCUGGAUCAGGAGGCUGUGAAUCCAGAGAAGACGUCUCCCAUCUGUUGCUCUGCCCAUGGCUUCUGUCACGUUCUGAUUGUUGUGGGAAUGAGCCAGAAAGCGGCAUGUUGCUGUACUGCUGAGACCGAGCGAGGCCAGAGGCUUCCAGAUGUGGACGCAGCACAGCAGCUCAAGUUAAGAGAGAGGCAGCGUUUCUUCGAGGAGGUCUUCCAGCACGAUGCGGACGUCUACCUGUCCUCUGCGCACCUGUGUAUCAGAGACUUUAAGAGACCUCCGAUUGGCAGCAUCUCAUCCAUGGAGGUGAACGUGGACAUGCUGGAACAGAUGGAGCUGAUUGACGUUUCGGACCCGGAGGCCUUAGAUGUGUUCUUCAGCUCCAGUGGAGAAGAGGGGUCGAUGACUUCCCCGCUGCCAGGAAACAACAACAAUGGGGAGGUAAACAAUGGACUCUUUCAACAUGUCCUCGAGGGUCUUGAUGCCAAGUCCCGCAUGUCGUCCACGUCUUCAAACUCCUCCUCUGACAGCCAGAGCCUGGACGCCCACCGAGCAGACAUCCGCAAAGUCAGGUCAGAAGAUGAGAAAACACACACCAGCACAAUCAAGCGGAGAGCCGGGCCUCCUGAAAUAGAGAAAGGGAAGAGUCAUACUCCUUCAGCCUCUUCGAAGGAAGCGCCCCAUCCAUCUGCAGCACGGUAGAUGACACUGUUGUCAGGUGGUGAGAAAUGGACUUCUGGACGAGAGCCAUUGAAAGAGCUUCCACCGUCUUCCACACAAUGGUUCUUCUCACUGCUUUCAAGCUUUUCAUUUGAUUGAUGUUAUAGGGUUGGGUUCUGUGUGUGUUUUCAAAGUGGAGACUGUAAAUGCUGGGAUUUCUUAACCCUCAACUAUUUGUAUUCAUGUUCUGGCAUGUUUUGAUGGACAUUAUUUGUUGGCCUGUUGUUGACGUCAUAGGACUUGUUGUCGAAGAAUGAUGAUUAUAUCAACACAACCCAGGGCAGAACGGCAGUGACCGAAGUAAUAAAGUGAUAACUUGAGGUACACCUGGCAAAACACAAUGAAAUGUACUGUGAUUGAAAGUAACACAUUGUCUUAUUGAUAGAAAACUGUUUUUUAGCUCCAAUUUUAAAUGAAUCUCUAACAAAAUGUCUUUGUUUUAAUAAUAAAAGAAGAGAGCAUUAUCUUGCUGAUAAUCAACAAAAUAGUUCCUGUUUAUUUCAAGGUAGUCAAUCCGUGUCUUCC